AAGAAAGUCAUCUACACCCAGGAUGGCUUGAUGGUGAGUAAAUCACAGGGUGAUUUUCAUUUUUGGGUGAAUUGUCCCUUUAAUUAACAUCUUACAUGAAAUUUUUUUUAUCACAUUUUCUGCGAACCACUUGCAGGCCCCUGGACCCCAUUUGGAAAAUAGCCUUUAAUGUUAUGAUUUUGACUUCUACCCUUUUAUGUCUGACUCAAAUCUUCUGAUGAAUUUCAGGUUAAGAGACAGUGUGUAGCCAGUAGUUCCACUCCUAUCAUUAUUUGUACUCGUACUUUAUGUAAAUAUCAUACAUAGUCAAUAUUUACCAAUAUUACAAUGACUGUUUUGAAGGAUUUGCUUGUAGAUACUAUUAGCUGAAUGCGCAUGUAGGAUGUGAAGGUUAAACAUUUUAGUGAGAACAUUGUGUUGCAGUUCCAGUUUUAGAUUCACAUUACAUGUAAUGUAGUUAAAUGCUCAGAAUUCAGUCGAACUGCUAGUUGUUUCAGUUACUUGAGAAGUUUCACUGGGGGAAAAUAGUCCUGAUCAGAGACAGUUUUGGUUGUGAGCUGACAGACAGAUGGUGUUUUGAAGCAGAACAGGGAAUUUUUUAGGUGAAUGUAUUUGAGCAAGCUGGUUUUGGUGGUUCACUAUUUGAUCUGCUGUUAUAUUAUAGUUUUAUGCUUAAUUCAGAUUGUCCAUUGUUACUUUAAAGCUAUAUUUGAUCUAUUUUGUCAUGAUUUUGGCUGCUAGCCUCAUUUUGAGUGUGAUGAAUAUUUUGCCUUAUAAAUAAGUAAAAGAAGAGAAAUGCAGAAUUUAUAAAUCCCACUUACAAGCUUAUGUGUCGCCUUAUGAAAAUGGCAUAUAUUGAUAUUCCCCAGAGUGAGCCUCAGGAAAUUAAAACUUAAUAUUGAAUUGCUUGUAUUUGAACAAUCUUUUUUGUAUUCCUGCAUUUUUGUGUCUUUUACAGCUUUAUGUACCUUUAUGGUUAUAUUGUUUCAAGCCUAUCCGGGAGAUUCUUAGUCUUUUUUUUGUUUAAGUAUUUCUGGGCAGUUUCAACAAAUUAAGCUGAAGAUGAAGAAAAGUAGCUAAUAGCUAUAGUCUUAAAUGAUCUAAAAGACACUUUAUAGCAACCUGUGUAUGUUGCAUUCUAACCCGAUCUCAUGAAAGUGCGUAUAAAUAGUACACCAAAUAAAAACGAAAACUUGUGGUACUGAAAUGCAAAAAUGGACUUUGGCGUGUAUAUGCUACAUGAUGGGUAUGUUUAUGUUUGUGGGGUAGAUACGUAUCAAACAACUAUAUUUGUGUUGUUUUACUUUUUUUUUUUUUCAAUUUAUUUUUAAUCAUUUACCGUUUGAUUAUUUUAUUAUUCUGUUUAAUUAUUUAUAAUAAUCAUAUAUUCUUAAUAUAUGAUAUUCAUAUAUUAUUUCACUUUACUGUUUAAUCUGUUUUGUCGUGUUUUCUUUGCAAACAGGUUAAAGAUAAGAAAAGGUCUUCGUUUAAGGUCGAUCGUUUAAUGUCUCUGGACAUUGUUGUGAAGCAGUCAUUUUCCAUUGAUAUUGCUUGUGGUAAUAACACUGGUUGGACUGAGCAUCAAAAUGAAUGUAACUAAGAUUAUUCUGUAUUAUUUUACCAUCGCUACAUCAUCUGCUUUCUGCUCCCCCUUGUUUCCUGGGCCUGCUGAGAGAAGACUGUUAAUACAGCUUUGGGUAGUGAAACACUGAUUUUGGGCACUGGACAAAACCUACUAUCAGCAGGUUUUGGUAUACCAGAUAUUUUCAGACAGGAUCUGGCAUCUGGGGUUAGAUCCAAUAUUCCUGAUGUGGAGACUGGAUCUAAGAUCUAUCUGUCAAUCUAUAGUAGUAGUAGUAGUAGUAGUAGUAAUGGAUUUAAUGUAAUUAUUGAUCGGCUUUAAUUUUUAAUUUAAUAAAGUGAUUCUCCUGGUAAUCUGAUUUUGGAUUCUCUUAUUUACUGUCUGAAUAGUUACAGCCUAGUUGGAAGUGUUCCAGAUCACCAUGUAAUCAGUCUUCUCCUUGAUCCUGGAGUGUGCCACAAUCUGACUCGCACAGGUCCUGACCCAUCAGACCCAUUAGCACUGUCUGAUUACACACCAUUAUCACGUGAAACUGCUUUUUGUCAUGUCAGUAUUAUGGCUGGAUUGGAUUACUGUUAAAUCCAAGGUUUCAUUAACUAGCUUUCUGUGUCCAGAAAACCUGGCCUUGUUUACAACGGUUCAAUGCAAGAUUUUACACAUGGCAAAGACAGCUAACCUGAUAUACUGUGGAUAUUUCAUUGAUAUUACAUAUUAAAUAACAAAAUCGGGAACGGAAUUGUAAGAUUUAAAAGGAUAAUUAUGAGAAUAAAGUAAGAAUUGCAAGAUAUAAACUGAGAAUUCUGAGGAACAAAGUCAGGAUUAUGAAAUAAACUCAGAAUUGCUAAAAAAAAAAACGCUAGCAAAGGUCAUGGGUUCAGUUCCCAGGGAAUGCAUGAACUAAAAAAAAUGCGUACUUUGAAUGCAGUGUGAAAGUCAAAGAGUCUGUAAAAUGCAGGCUGUAUCAAGAAUACUGAACUUAACUGAAUACGAUUAAUGUACUUAUUGUCCAAAAAAAAUCAUUUAAUUGAGCCUGUGCAUAAAGGACAGUCGUAAAGAGAUCAUGUGAAGGCACGUGCUGAUUAUCCUUGUGGCUUUAGAGACAGAGAUCUAUUACCUGUCCUCACUAUGGAUUAGGUUCGCGAACAGCACAAUGCACUACUAUCUUACCCUUUGCUACGGAACACAAAAAGUGAGGGUUAUCUGACAUCCCUUCAUGCCAAAAAUCCAGAAGUAUGGCACAGAGCCUCUGUCAACAGGGAAGUGUUAGAUUUUAUUACUGCAUCCUAAUCCUCUUACCCUCAUUAUUUCUCCCAACCGUGGUCUUGAGAUGCUGGAUGGAUGCAUGAAGGCUUAAUCCCUCUUUAGAAGAGGUUACGCUUUGCCCUCCUGCGUUACUCACAGCGUCUCACCCAUGGAGGAGCUACUGAUACCCACAGAUGCUGAGGAGGCACCUCCCGAGCCUGCCGUCUUCUUCUCUCCGGCGGGACCUGCUAAAACCCCGCUGGAGAGAAUGAAGGACUUCAUGGCAAGCACGUUCUCGGUCGGUGUCAGAGAGUAUGUGAAGGACUACAUGAGGCAAAACGGGCUGCUGACGCUCUCGGUUCUAGCCGUGAUCACAGGAUGCGUUCUGGGCUUCAUGCUGAGGGGUCUAGACCUCUCCACACAGGCAAAAAUCUAUUUCUCCUUCCCUGGUGAGCUGCUCAUGCGGAUACUUAAAAUGUUGAUUCUUCCCCUAAUUACCUCCAGUUUAAUGUCUGGACUGUCAUCUAUGGAGUCGAAGGCCUGCUGCAGGAUGGGGGUGCUAACGGUCACUUACUACCUUUGGACCACGUUCAUCGCAGUAGUGGUUGGCAUUGUACUCGUUCUCAUCAUCAAACCUGGCUAUGGGACACACAUGGAGAGCAGCAGACUGGGAGGUGGACAAGUCAUAACAUCUGCAGAUGCCCUGCUGGAUCUGGUCAGGAAUAUGAUCCCCUCCAAUCUCAUUGAAGCCACAUUUCAGCAGUACAAGACAGACAUUAUUCCAAUCAUGAAAACACCAGUAAGCACAGGACGCCCAAAUUUUGUCUACCUGAUGCCUGAUGAAGACAAUCCAAAGGGUCGGACGGUGCAGUUGGAACUAACGCCACCUCCAGAAUUCGAGUACAAGACCCGUCCAGACAGCAGUCCUCAGAUGAACGUACUCGGCAUUGUUAUUUUCUCAGCCACGAUGGGUCUCUUGCUUGGUAAAAUGGGCGAACGGGGAGCUCCUCUGGUGAAUGUUUGCCAGUGCAUCAAUGAGUGUGUGAUGAAGAUUAUUAAUGCGGCUGUAUGGUAUUUUCCCUUUGGGAUCAUCUUCCUAGUGGCUGGCAAAAUCCUGGACAUGAGUGAUCCCUCCACACUUGGGAAGAAGCUGGGCUGGUAUGGGAUGACGGUCAUGGCAGGCCUGUUUGUGCACGGCCUCAUCUUGCUUCCAUUCUUCUAUUUCAUUCUGACAUGGAAAAAUCCUUUCACAUACAUCAGAGGGCUUCUGCAAGCCAUGGUCAUCGCUCUCGCCACAUCAUCCAGUUCAGCAACGCUGCCCAUUACAAUGAAAUGUUUGCUGGAGAACUGCCGAGUGGACAGGCAGAUUGCCAGGUUUGUGCUGCCAGUGGGAGCCACCAUUAACAUGGAUGGAACGGCGCUGUAUGAAGCAGUCGCUGCUAUUUUCAUUGCCCAGGUCAAUGAGUACGAACUGGAUUUCGGACAGUUGGUCACCAUAAGUAUAACGGCGACCGCUGCCAGCAUAGGUGCCGCUGGAAUCCCUCAGGCAGGCCUUGUAACCAUGGUGAUAGUGCUGACAUCUGUCGGAUUGCCAGCGGAUGACAUCACGCUGAUUGUGGCCAUUGAUUGGAUCUUAGAUCGCUUUCGAACAAUGAUCAACGUGCUGGGAGAUGCUCUGGCAGCUGGAAUCAUUGGACACUUGUGUCAAAAAGACUUCCCACCUGACAGAGCGGCGAAAGCAAAUGGAGCUGCACAGGACAACCAGACGGCUCAAAACAUGGAGAAUGUGCCUUUAACUGAAGUACCGCUGCUGGCCGGGAAGGACUGUAUAUUCGAGGUGGUUGGGGACACAGUUAUUGAACGACCCACAGUCUACUACAAUAUAUGUCAGGUCUGAGUCACCAGACGAUUGCCUUACAUCCACGAACCUCCUUUCUACCACUGUGCCAUAAAGAAGUACUGAACGGACACUUUUUCUGGUUCUUCUGUUUCUAAAAUGGACUAAUAUUGGCUGUUUUGUACAGCCGAAUACAUUUAGGCAGCGGUCCUUUCCCUAUCCAAGGGAAAUGCUUCUACUUACAA